ACACGCGCACAAGCCAGACUGAACCAGUUCACUAUUUGUCACACUGUUACUAGGGACGCUGAACCUCCGGUUGCCAUGGAGCUUAAUCGGGCAGCUAGCCGCGCUGCUAACUGUGGUAGCUCGUAGCAACGGCUCGAAAUGUCGAAGUCGAAAGCGGAGGAGCUGUUUGAGCUGAACAUGCGGAGAGAGACGUGGUGCUGCGUGGAAGCGGACAGCGGGAUCUGGCUGCGAGCUCAGAGGCGACACUUCGACCAUCACCUGAGAAACACCUGCGACUUCAGCGCCACGCAGACGGCGAAACCCGAGGAGCGCUCCGCUUGGAUGGGAAGUCCCGCGAGAUAUCGCGAGAGAAGACAUUUUGAGGAGAGCUAUAAAGCUCAUCUGGUGUGAACAACUGCACAUCAAGCUCCAGAAAGCAUGGUAGACAGCUGCAAUGCAGACAAUCAUCAUUAAAAAUGUGUAAAAAUACGUUAUUUCAAUUUUCUUGCUUUCAUUUUUAUCUUAAAUGCUUGUGUGUCAUGGGAAGCACUAUUAAAAAUCGUAUGCUCCCAGUUUACUGAAGUUUGUUCUGAGCCAAAAAGCAACAAAAAAAAAAAAAAUAAAGAAAUAAA